GUGGCUGGCAGUGGCUUCGGGAACAGCUCAAGCGAUCAGUUCAAAGUUGAUUUUGUCGCGGACCGGAGCAGACCUCUCUAAUUCUGACACGCGACCGUGAAUUAUAGAAUUAUCAAAUCACGGGCUAAUUUAAUUUAAAAUAAAAACUAUAUACUAAACAGAUACUAAACAGUAACUAAAAUGUUGUUCGGAAAGUGCUCUUUUGUUUGGUGCAUGUGUGUGGGCGUUAUCCUUGGCCUUGUCCAAGCCGAACUGGACUUCAACAACGAUCUGGCCAAUAGCCAAAAGUUCAAGAGCAUACCCACCACAGUGAAGACCUAUGAGAACGACACUGUCCUGCUGCCCUGCACCUUGAACACACCUUUCCGAUAUGUUCGGUGGCAUCGAGACGAUGUUCCCCUGGUGGAUUCCCGACACCCCGAAAUCCCCAAACCGGAUCGCAUCAUGCUCUGGCCCAACGGAAGUCUCCAGGUGGCCAAUGUCCAGUCCAGUGACACGGGCGAUUACUACUGCGAGAUGAACUCGGACUCGGGACAUGUGGUCCAACAGCAUGCCAUUGAGGUCCAACUGGCCCCACAGCUCCUUAUCGAGCCCUCUGAUUUUACGGAGCAGAGGAUUGGGGCCACCUUGGAGGUGGUAUGUGAGGCCCAGGGAGUGCCUCAACCGGUCAUCAGCUGGCGUCUGAACGGAAAUCCUCUCCAUGCCCAGACCAGCACCGGAAACAGGCAGAGUCUUGUUCUCGAGAUUAAGUCCAGGAACCAGGCAGGUCUCAUUGAGUGCCUGGCCAGCAAUGGAGUGGGAGAUACGGCGGUGGGCAGUGUCUACCUUCACGUCUUGUUUACGCCAGAGGUUAGUGUGUCGCAGCCUGUGGUGUACAGCAAACUUGGCGCUCGUGCCCACCUGGAGUGUAUUGUGGAGGCAGCCCCCUCAGCCACCGUUAAGUGGUUCCACCACGGACUGCCGGUGGUAUUGGGAGCCCACUCCAGCAGUCACGAAUCGGAGGUACAGGCGAAUCGCUCAGUGGAUCACUACGUGAAUGCAGUCCGUCACCUGUUGGUGGUGAAGAGCGUUCGGAAUGCGGAUAUGGGUCAGUAUGAGUGCCGGGCCAGUAACCAAAUUGGCUCGAAGAGCGGCAGUGUCGAGUUGACGGGUCGCCCCAUGCCCUGCUUAUUCAAAAUCAAUCCCGGCACCCAGAGCUCUACAUCCCACGGGCUGGUGUGGCAAACGGAGAGCCUACUGCCAAUUAUGGAGUUUAAGCUGAAGUUCCGGCAGAUUCCCUCGAAUAACGCCACUCGGUCCGUGAAAACCAACUGGACAGAGCUGACGAUUCCCGCCCAGGCAACAAAUGGACUCAUCUACAUCACCACCUAUACGCUUCAUGGCCUGCAACCUGCCAGCCUUUACGAGGUCUCGGUCUUGGCCAGAAACAGCUUCGGCUGGAGCGACAACAGCAAGAUUGUACGCUUUGCUACUGGUGGUGAAGUGGAACUGCCAAACUACUCAACGGAAUCGGAGCUACAGGAAGACUUCGCCGAUGAGGACUUCCACAAUGAAAUCACACAGCGAUCAGAGGUUCUGUCGGCCAGCAUGAUGUACAACUCGGCUUGUUGUCACUAUAUGAGUUUAUUAAUUUAUUCCCUAUGUCUAAUAAAGCUAUUUAUAGUCUUAAGUUAGGUUUAUCUAUAAAAUAUAUACAAAUUUUGUACUGGAGUCGAGUUACACGCAAUACCAAAUAAACACCUUUUCAUAUGAA